AUGCAGGCUCUUGCCGAGAGGGCGCGCCAGGGCCUGGGCAUUGGCAGCGCCUCAUUUGAACCCACUUGUCUCGACCGCUAUCACAAGAGCCUGGCCAGCUGCGAGGCAGCUGCCGGGUGGCUUCUCAGGUACAAGGGCCAGCUGGACGCCUUCAGGGAAAAUGGCGCAGGCUUCCUGUCGGCCACUGGCAAGCUCAUCACCGACUGCCCGAUGCCCGAGGAGUUCACCCAGGACUCCGAGACGCAGCGCGUAGAGGCCCUGCCACCCCUGACGCCGCCGGAGGCCCACCGUCGCCUGUUUGACUUAGACCUGCAGGCGGCACUGGCCGAGCAGGUUCCCGGCAGCUUCAGCGCCGGCCUGGACCGGGAGGUGGCCCUGCCCAUCAACAUGUGGCUCCACGCCUUCCGCUCCGCCAAGGAGCGCCUGCUGUCCCUGGAGCGCCGCCGCCUGGUGGUGGACGCCCAGAGGCGCCAGGUGGAGCGGCGCGCCGCCAGGGCCCGGGGGCACUUCACAAAGGAGGCAGACGCGCGCGCGGAUCUCGAUGUCACCCAGAAAGAUCAGGACGCGGCCUCGGCCACCGAGUCCGAGGAUGACGAGGCCCCCGCUGACGCCCCGGCCCACGCAACCUCGGACCAGCCGCCGUCGAUCCCCGACACCGCCGGGACCAAGGAGCCGUUCGCCCCCGCCGGCGCCGCCGCGGUGGGCGGCGCCGCGCCCGUGGGCGGCGCGGGCGGCCACGCGUCGCACCCCUUUGCCGGCGGCCGCGUGCAGCGGCGCGCGGAGCGGGUGAUCGAGAAGCACAGGAGGCGCGGCGUGAAGGAGCUGCAGGCGGCCUGCGAGAGGGCGAACCGCAAGCUCGCGCCCCUGAUAUCCGACUUUGAGGUGGAGGAGGAGCGCCUGCAGGCCAUUCUGAAAUGGCGCGGGGCGUCCGCGCUGGCGCCGCCGGAGGGGCUGCUGCCGGAGUUUCCUGCGCAGCUGCUGGAGGUGCGUGGGGCGAAGGGUGGCGCUCCAGCGUUUUAA